GCCGUCCGUCGUUGGAAGCAUUGUGGUGGUUUAAGUCCGCAAUCGAGAACGGUGGCGUCGUGGAAUGACGCGUUGAUCGCAAUGACCGACAUGAUCAGCACCCUCUCUUUCCUUGCAACACUCUUUACCGCCAUCGUUCUUGCGCAAAACACCACCUAUCCAGUCAUCGAUCUCGGCUACGCCAAAUAUCGCGGACGCUACAACUCCACACUCGAUAUCACAGAAUAUCUCGGCCUCCCUUUCGCCGCUCCUCCUAUCGGGCCGCUCCGCUGGAAAGCACCACAGCCGUACACCACACCGAAGAAUCUCACCAACACCAUAAUUGAUGCUACGCAGGAUGGCCCAAUUUGCGUCCAAGGCAACACCUACUGGACCGGUCGCUCUGCGCAGUUCCCAACCGGAUCUGAGGAUUGCUUAGUCCUGAACGUCGUCAUCCCCGGAAACGCGACCAAAUAUUCAAAGCUACCUGUAAUCUUCCAAAUCCAUGGCGGAGGAUACGUGGAAGGGUGGGCCAGUAUCGGCGAGCCAUAUGCGCUUAUGCAGCACUCAAACAACGCCUUCGUCUUCGUGAGCAUCCAGUACCGCCUCGGCGCAUACGGCUUCCUGGGUUCGGACAAGUACGCUCAGGAAGGAGGCGCGCCAAACGUUGGAUUGCUCGAUCAACGCUUCGCACUAGAGUGGGUGCAGAAACACAUCUCGGCUUUCGGAGGCGACCCAGCGAAGGUGACCAUCUGGGGAGGCAGCGCUGGCGGAGGAAGCGUGACCAGCCAGAUGAUCAUGCACGGUGGUGUCGAGGACCCGCCGUUCCGAGCUGCAAUUGCGGACUUUCCCUGGUGGCAGCAGUUGCUCAAAGAAGAGCGGCUCGCGACGCAAUUCGGUUAUCUCCUCACCGCUACGAACUGCUCCACGCUUGCAUGUCUGCGACAUGUGACAGAGGACACGCUGAAGGCCGCGACACAAGCAAGCUACAUCAAGGGGUAUGCCGAAGGGUCGUACGGCUACGGCAGUUUCUACUAUGGGCCGUAUGUCGACGGAAGCGUUAUCCAAGAUUGGCCCUCAGAAGAAUUCAAAACCGGUCAUUUCACCAAGGUGCCCACGUUUGUCAGCAGGGAGGGCUACGAAGGUUACGCCUUCAGCAAUCAGUCCAUGACCACUAUGGCAGAAGAGACGACCGACAUCAGCAUCCAGUUUCCCUACGCGGAUGAGAACUUUGUCAAGGAGCUGUACGAGCUGUAUCCGAGAGAGGAUUUCAACUCUACAUUCUGGCAGCGACAGGCUUGGUUCGGCGACUUCAUCAUCAAUUGCCCAUCCUACUACAUCGCCUCCUCUCUCGCCACCUCCAACCAGCCCAUCUACAAAUUCGUCUUCGACGCCGGCACGCAAAUCCACGCCUCCACCGGACCCUUUCUGGGCGAUCUAAACUACGCAUCCGAGCCUGGCGCGAAUGUCACGCUAGCCGACGUAAUGAAGGAUUGGUACGUUUCAUUCGCGAUCCAUGGCGACCCAAAUGCGCAGAGCUGGAGCAAGGUUUUGAAGCCCACAUGGCCCGAUUAUCGGACCGGUGAGGUAAUGAGUGUGAAUUAUACGCAGCUUGGCGCUGUUGAUGACGUGUGGUUUGAUGACGACACGGGAUGUAAGUUCUUGUGGGAACAUGAAGAGGUCGUACAAAAUUAGCGUAGCAAGUGCAGCUGCGUUGAUCCAGCCGGUGGGGAAACAAUACGUACCCUCUUAGUAUAUCGAUACGCUGUCCAAUCCCCGCCUAGUUCUGUUCUACGUGUCAAUCAUCGCCUUCAUCCCCUUUCAAAGAACUCGAGGCGAAGGUGGAACGGAGUCGAAGGAUUCCAGUUGCAGCGCAAACCAUUGCCGGCCAAGCAGAGAAAAGCGGGAAGCUUGAGAGGGGGGUAUUAUACCUUUCUGUCGUACGCUUAAAAAUGCUAAGA